UGGCCUUGAAGGUGGCAUCAACCUAGAGGAGGAUUAGCUUCAAAGUUGACUAAGAGUGAUAGUUCUGAUAGAUAUGACCACUCCGCAAUCCGUAGCUAGUAAAACAAGGAGCUCCGAGGAGAUAGCAGCUACAAAAAAGCCGAUCCUCAGUGUGGGAGACUGUGCUCCGCGGAGUCCCCGUGAUACCAGGGAUGGCCUUCCGGUGCCGGAGCUCUAGAGAAGCUCUCCGUCACACCGGAAUCGGAUGGGAGUGGAAUAGAAGCAAAGAGAAUGGGAGCAAGAGUUGCCUACCGCGAGAGUGCGGAUGGUGUUGAUGGCCAAUUGGUCCACGUCGUUGUAACCCAUGAUUGCUGUGUUAUUUAAAUCCAACCAAGUUCUUGUUUUUUACUUCUAGUGGGAUCUGAGCGGGAUGAUCCAACAAACAAUCAACACAAAUGGGAAGACCACCACGAGAUGAAGAGGGGAAAAGAUGACUGAGAGAGGAGAAGAAGAAGGAGAAGGAGAGAGAGAAGAGAGAAGGAGAAGAAAGGAUGACAAGGAAGGGGGAAUGGGCGAGGAAAAGCGAGCCAGCCAGGCGGGCGGAGUGGGAUGGGAAGCAGCGACCAGCAACGAGAGGGUGAGAAAGGGAAGGUGGGGGGGCAAUGAUGUCUGUGGUGGGGCACCAACUCUUUCACCGGCUGCUCGGAGGGGGUUACAACUCGCUGGCCACGGCUAUUCUUUUCUACUCCUUCGUUUCUUGGUCGGCUAUUGCCAGGCAAUUGACUGACCUUGGGCGGUACUUGAUCUAAAGCUGGAGGAUGUGAACGGAAUAUGAUGUUGGCAUGGGGCUUGGGGGAAGCUGUCGAGGUCCUCAAGGUAGUAUACUUGAUGAUGAUGUUAUGCACGAUGUGCCCCUCCCCCGCUGCCUCAGGCAAGCUGCGGUCCCUCCGGAAUUCAAUGCAACCUUUCCAGCUCUCAACAGAAGUACUGUCAAGCUACAGAGAACAAUUUUGAUAUUGUUAGCCUAUCUAUAUUAGACUAGUAAAUUGACG